ACGCACAGGGUCGAUGUCAGGAGCUGGUCAGUGUAGACCUGAGUCAGAUCUGGCGUUGACACCGCACUGGCGGCGUUAGAAAGCGAUGGCCAAAACUGCAGAUUAGGUUUUGAUAUUGUUUAAAGCGUCAGUCACAUGCUCACAGGGCCAUGUCUCCAUACAAAGCCGUCCUUGUGGUGCCCAGCGCCUGAAGAGGAUUAGACGUGAGCCGCUCUCCGCUCUCCCGGCACGCGGUGCAUAGUACACGAUUUAGAAGCAAACAACAGGAAUUCUGCAGAUGCUGGAAAUUCAAGCAACAUACAUCAAAGUUGCUGGUGAACGCAGCAGGCCAAGCAGCAUCUAUAGGAAGAGGCGCAGUCGACGUUUCAGGCCGAGACCCUUCGUCAGGACUAACUGAAGGAAGAGUGUGAGGGGUCUGGAAAUGGGAUGUCUCACCUCUCCUAAAGUCUGACAAAGUGUUUCAUCUGAACAAUGAAAAAAUAAUGAGUAGAAGGGCAACAAAGCGAACCAUUUUAACUGAACGGCAAACAUACCAAGACUUGACAGGAGUGCAGCAGGAGUACAGAAAAGCUGGAGAUUGUUUUGAGUAUCUGUCAAAAGAAGAUGGAAGAGGUGAGGGAGGUGAAGUACCGGAGUCAGAAGGUGAAAGGAUACGUGAACCCACCAGAUGGAGGCUGGGGCUGGAUGAUUGUCGUCCAUUUCUUUCUGGUGAACGUUUUGGUUAUGGGAACACUGAAAACCUUUGGGAUUUUCUUUGUGACCUUGCAGGAAGUAUUUGGAGCCUCCUCGGAACAGAUCAGCUGGGUUGGCUCCAUAAUGUCCAGCCUCCGUCUCUCUGCAGGUCCAAUUGCUUCGGUUGCUUGUGGAAAGCUGGGGGAUCAGUGGACUUCGAUUCUGGGCGCUGUACUAGUGAGCAUGGGAUUUCUCAUUAGCAUGCUGGCUACCCAUGUGGUCUUCCUUUAUGUGUCUCUUGGCGGUGUCGUUGGAAUUGGCUUUGCUUUUCUCUAUCAAGCAGCAAGUGUCAUGCAGGCAAAAUACUUCAAAAAAAGACUUGCUACUGCCUACGCCAUUGCAAGGUCAGGAAUGGGCCUGACAUUUGCCCUCGCCCCUUUCACGCAGUUAUUGCUCGUAGAAUAUGAUUGGCAAGGUGCAUUGCUUAUUUUGGGAGGUAUAAUGCUGAACCUUAUUGCUACUAGCAUGUUAUUGAGGCCAAUUUAUCUCCAGGAAAACCAGCCCAAGACGUCAGAAUCAACUUCUAACAUGAAAACACUCAUAAAUGCUCAGAACAGUCUUUUUCAGAAUGGAACAACUAAACAAGGUAUCUUUGAGAAACAUUCAGAAGGCUGUUUAAUCUCUGCCAACCCCACACUGAGUCACUUGGCAAUUGGUCACCUUGGUGAUUCUAAGAGCCAUGAUACCUGUAUCUUGACUGACGACAGCCUAAGCAUCAAUCCAUUGCGAGUGGAGACAGAGACCACCAUCACACAUGACAGCAAAGCCUUUUUGGAUAAAGUAACUUUCAAAAAAACUCACAGUGAGAGUGUUGAUUGUUCAAGCAAGGACAAGGGAAUGCAAAGCCUCCCUCCAAAGGAGAAGCUUCUCGACUUCUCACUAUUAAAAGAUCCUUUCUUUUGUAUAUACACCUUCUCAGUGAUGUUCAGUCAGUUAGCAUACUUCAUUCCGUACUUUCACCUGUCGGCCAGGGCCAAAACCUUGGACAUAGAUGCAAUGGAUGCAUCCUUCAUCAUUUCUGUUGCAGGCAUAACAGAGACUGUGGCCCAGCUUGCAUCAGGAUGGAUAGCUGACCAAAACUACACCAACAAGUUCCAUUAUCACAAAGCUUAUCUCCUCCUCUGUGGCCUUUCCAACUUGUUGGCUCCAAUGGCGACAACCUACGCCCAGCUGAUGGUUUAUGUUGUGUUCUUUGCUGUGUUCUGUGGUGGAUACAUGGCCCUGCUUCUCCCAGUCCUGGUUGAUCUAGUUGGAGUGACUAGAGUAAGAAUUUCAUUGGGUUUCUCGAUGUUUUUUGCUGGGAUUGGCUGUCUGACUGGACCUCCAGCAGCAGGCUGGCUGUAUGACUACACACGGACAUAUGACUGUUCCUUUUAUCUGGCGGGCAUUUGCUACAUUUUGUCCGCCAUUCCUCUGUUCUUGGAGCCCACAGCACGUAGAUACAAGGCGAGGAAACAAGCAGAGACUCAGACAGUGAAGACUGAAACCAUAGCUAACGUAGCCUGUAUAGCAGAACGUCAAAAUGGACGAAUUAUUGUUCCAACUGAUGUGAGAACUGAGAAGCUGGAACAUAUCAGCUCUGUGUAAAUAAAACUUAGUCCAACGAGGAACUUGAAUAUAUUUAAUACACUGCAGUGGUGAAAUCUCGUCUGAUGCAAAUUCAAGAACCUAGGGCUCCAAGAAGAUUGUGCAGCAACAGUAACUGUGCAUCAAAGUAUUGUUUUUGAUGCAAUUCACUGGAGAAAAAAUUAUAAGCUGUGAAUUUUUGGGGGUCAUCGCGAGGUAGGAAAAUGCCAGAUUUUAAAAAAACAAGAAAAUUCUUCAGUGAUUUGCACUUCUCAUCCAUGUGAAAUUCAGAUCAUCCCUGGAUUUGAAACAAAGUAAAAUAUCUAACCAUUCACACUGUCAAUGCACUUUAAUCCAUUGUAGAAACCUUCCAUCAGUAGCAACAACACAAUUCACUUUUCAUAUUUAUCACCACCAGACAGCCUCACUUGGAAGUAGUUUAACGCUAAACUUUAGUCACUUUUGUAUUUGGGUUCUGCCAAACCGAACUGAGCCAUUUUGCACAGAGAUAACCAUACUGUCAAUUCUCCCAGCAUGGCAACCUAACUCCUUUUAACAAAUUUCAAACGGGGUAGCGGGUGAAACUAAUAUCUGACACACAGUAACACCCAAUUUUACAUAAGGUACUAUGGGUUCAAGAUCUUAUCAAACUCAACAUCACUUCAUUUGCCCUUGAGCCAGCCUUCCUCAUUCUCAUCCAAAACGCAAAACCACUAUUUUAUUAAUUAAUAAAACUCUUUCUUGGGACUUAUCCAUUUUAUGAUUGAUUACUUUAAACUUAAUGUUCAUUAUUACCCACCCUACAAUUCAUUUUAUUGAUGAAUAUUGGCAGUUUUUAGUAGCUUCCAGAUAUGCUGACCAAAUAAAGCAAUACUGGGGCAGUAUUAGAGGACACAGAGUGCCAAAGAGUUGCCUUUAACUAAUUUUUAAAAAACUUACAAGUUCUUGUUUUCAAUUAAGUUAUUAUAAAGAUUAAAUAGUAUCCUUCAUUCUGCUGAAAACCCAAGCCACAGUGAUUUGACUAUAUUUGUUUGUGUUCCAUCCUCUAUAGCCAGACGCUGCUAUUAUAAAAGGUCCUUAACAUUAUAGUCCUUUUAUUAUCAGAUCAAAAUACAGUACAUAUGUAUGGUAUUUAAUGCCUUGCGGUACAAGAGCACAACGGGCCAACUCUCCAAGGCUCAGGUGAAGGGUAUUUCAGCAUAUUUUCACUUAAUAAAAUC